CGGAAGCCGAGCAGGCCGGUCGCCUGGGCCGCAGACCUGUGCGUUCGCCGCGGUUGUCGCAGUUCCGGCCGAGCGGCCGCUGGGUUCUGACGGCUGGCCGCCGUCCUGCGGGCAGGCACCGGUAGCGGCGGGUGUCUCGCUCCGCCGGCCCAGCUCCCGCGGGAAUCCCCGGCUGGUCCGGGCCCGGGCACCACACUCACGGCGGCUCCGUCGCAGGCACGGAGCGAGGAGCAGCCCGCGUCCUCCGAGGUCAGCGUCAUGAGGAGCCUGCCAUUCUUCUGUCGCACGGUGGUGCGUGGCUUCGGCCGCGGCUCCAAGCAACUGGGCAUCCCCACAGCCAAUUUUCCUGAACAAGUAGUAGACAAUCUUCCAGCUGAUGUGGCCACUGGUAUUUAUUAUGGUUGGGCCAGCGUUGGGAGCGGAGAUGUCCAUAAAAUGGUGGUGAGCAUCGGGUGGAAUCCAUACUACAAGAACGUGAAAAAGUCCAUGGAAACCCACAUCAUCCAUACCUUCAAAGAGGACUUCUAUGGGGAAACUCUCAAUGUGGCCAUUGUUGGCUAUCUCAGACCUGAGAAGAACUUUGAUUCUUUAGAGUCACUUAUUUCUGCAAUUCAAGGUGAUAUUGAAGAAGUUAAAAAACAACUGGAUUUACCCGAACAUUUGGAACUCAAAGAUGACAAUUUCUUCCAAGUUUCUAAAGGCAAAAUUAUGAAUGGCCACUAAUGAAAAGUCCCUUACCUGCCUACCANUAGUGUCGCAGUGCUUCUGAUACAGUCUCAUAUUGUUCAUAAUUUAAAUCAAGUGUUUCCCUGUAGCUGUCAAGGUCUCCAGCAGUUCACUCCAUCAUGUUGCACAGUACUGAUUCAUUCAGAAAUCAAGACUUUAAAUGUAAUAUGUUGAUUCAAAUGUAGCAUGAGAAAGCUUGUACUGAAAAUAAAGUCUGUGAGUGUGGGUGGAAAAGNAAGUUCCUGAGGAAAAUGAGGACUGACCAUAGUUCUUGUGACUGUGCGUGCUGGCAGUGUCACUGGCAAGCCCCAGCCAACACAUACUGCUGAACAGAAGCUUUCCAGGAAGUGCAACACACACACACACACACACACACACACACGCUCCCCCUGAGGUCACUUCCUGGUAGUGUCUCAAUGCUCUGUGUGGAGUUACUUCAGGUUGAGGUGGCCUCGAUCGCCCCGAAUCAGGGCUUUUGCUUUUCUGCACAGUACUGAGGCUCCAACCCAGUGCCUUACACGCCAGGCAAGUAUGACCACUGAGCUAGGCUCUGCCCCUUUACUUUUGAAGCCAUGUGAUGGAUGGCUACAAUGUCUGUGUGUUGCCCUUUUUGAAGAGUAGAUGGUUUUGCUCUUUAACAUUUUUGUGACUUNNGUUUAUUUUCUUCCCAUGUUGCCCAGAGAUUACUUGUGUNCNUGCCAUUCUNCUCAGAACUNANUGGUGGUCAGGUUCAAGUGUGCAUUUUGUUUUUAAGAAAAAUAAAAUAAGCUGUAUUUAUAGAUUUACGUGGAAUUGAAAUGAACACAGCCAGUUCCUACCCAACCCUGCCCCUGCCCUGUGCUUUUUUUUUUUUUUUUUUUUUUUUGAAGUGUGGUCCUGUGCUUUCAAAGUAAAUAUAGUUCUCUAUGACCAGGCACUUAAAUAUAAUUUACAAGUCCUUGCAGCUUCAGAACCAGGAGAAGUUUCAGUUCAUCCUUUAUAUCUCCUGGUUUCCCUCUGGUCCCUCCCCUUUCCCUCUUGGUGGCUUGAGUUGUUUAUGUUGGCAGAAGGUUGACAUUCGAUGAUCGAUUGCUUCCAGCUCACCGGGGCAUUGAAUCAUCAUUUGUUGAAUGGCAACAGGUUUGCUGGGGCAGAGGCACUGCCUAGAGGGAGCGUGCACAUGAAAAUAGAAAGGUCAUUUAACAACACACAGACCCAGGGGCUUGGCCUCUACAUGUGUGUGCAAGGAGCGGUGUGGGGAGGGAUGGGACUCACUCAGCCCUGUGGAUGUGUUCUAUGGGUGAGCAACAUCCCUAGCCUUCAAAAUAGAAUUUUUGAUGUUGGAAAUCCCAUAUUUAAAGGAAACCUUAUCAAUGGAUUUAUGAAGGAAAGUUAAAAAACAAACAUGCACAGUACAAAAUCUGUGGCUUUUUUUUUUUUUUAGUAAGAAUAGCUUGUUAUGUCAUUAAGUAUAUCAAUGUUCAUGGCUAAUGUUAUCUCAUAUUUUGUUAAACAGUUGUUAUUUGGAAUUAUAUGAUUGUGGUUUAGGGCUUAGUUAAUUCUCAAGAAUUCAAAAACUUAUUGAUGUAUUGUAAGAAAUUACAGUACCACGUUGAUUAGUCUGAAUGUUUGCAGGCAUUGGAAUAAAAUCUGACUGUUUUUUUUUUCCCUCUUCCCCAUCA